AUGGAGCCAAUAACUCCAGAACAUGAAACAGGAGGGAAUCUACGUGAAGGUGUCUGGGCUACAUUCGUUCUCUUUUGUCGAUGCACAACUGUUCGGGGCUUCGGAAAGCUGUGGCAGGGACCAAUGCUUCUUCGCUUCAUUUGGGCAACAUUUGUGGUGUCCAUGAUGUGUGUUCUUAUAACUUCCGUAGUACUUCUGAUUCUGGAUUUUUUUGCGUAUGACGUUGGCGUUCAUACACGCCUUCUUCUGGACGAUCCUUCACCGUUCCCUGCCCUCACCGUUUGUCACCACUAUCCAUUUUCUCUUGCUGCUCGGAAACUGUGGCAAGAAAAACAGGUUUUGUCGCCUGGUCAAUUCAAUCGCUACAUGCGGAAUAUAACUUGGACAAAUUUACUUAACAACGACCUUCAAGCUGCCGAGGCCACGUCUUUCUACGACAGUCUCUCGGUUUAUUAUCAAAAUCUUCGCCCGGACGAGGCAAAAUUACUUGGACAUGACCAUAGAGUUUUUCUUAAUUGCAUGCGUAUCUCGUCACAGACAACGUUCUUCGAGGAUGACUGUCGUCUGCUGAAGGGCUACAAGGUGCGACAGUUUUCGCACCACCAAUACCUAAACUGUCACACAUUUGAACCGACCAAUUGGCAAGAAUCAAUGGACACAUCGUUUCUCAGCCUAAUUGUGAGCAUGGGACCCAAAGAAAGCUCCGAUCCGGAUGAGCAGGCUUUCCUUCCGGACAUCUUUGAGCAAGCAAAAGGACUCAGAGUAGUCGUUCAUGAACCUGGCACUUAUCCAGAUCUGGAGAGGUUUGGCCUGCAUGCAGAACCUGGAAAGUUAAACGAAAUCGGCUAUGAACCUGUUCGGUGGACAAAAAUGAAUACACCUACCAAGCCAUGCUUUCAUCAAGCUGGCCUGUACAAUGAUCUCGAUGAGGUCUACAAUUACACUCACGAGCAGUGUCUCUUGCUACACCAACAAAAGGAAAUCAUUGAAAGUUGCGGCUGUUACUACGUCAUGAACCCCCGACCGUCUUUUCCUUCAGACGAAAAACCUUACUGCGGCAGAAUGUGGCCGAAACUGGAUAUUGAGGAAUUUGUCAAACGUCUAGAGUGCCUAAAACACAAAUUAGAUAUAUCAGUCAAGAGAAAAUACGACGGAUCUACCUGUCUGCCGCGCUGCGAAUACUACACGUAUGAUUCGGCUAUUUCAAUCACAAAGUGGAGGGCUCAGUUGUGGCAAUUGUACUGGCUUCGCGUUCAAAACCAGGCGAUUAGGUUGGUUCAAGACCACAUCUCAAAGAACCCGGGUAAGGACAUAAAAGAUAGCCUGGGCUACCGGAUGUGGAAACGCUACCUCGGUAAAGAGAAUCUGCGCGAUAUCCCCAAAGAAGCCAGCCUGAGUGACGCAGAACGACCACCGGACGUCAUAAAACGGGUAAAUCUCGAUAUCGACGACGACCUUUCAACCAAUGACGACGGGUUCGCGUACAUCGUGCUCAAGCGUAAAUCUCAAAACACAAUAGACAAUACAGAAAAACUUGUUCUCACGCUUAACGUCCUGGUGUCUAGAAUUGGAGGCCUCUGUUCUGUAACCAUUGGAAUCACCGCCGCCUGUGUAGUGGAGAUUAUUGAAUUUGUCUACUAUGCUAACAGACAUAAAAAGUCGAAGCAUCAAAGGCGGCGGGACGGUAUGGAAGCGGUGGACCAUGAAUCCGAAAAACAUUUGGAAAAAACUUGUUGA